GUUCUUUGGUGCCUUCGCUUUGCUUUUGGUCAUCUAGCCCUCAUUGAGGUGCGUGCACUUGCUGCUGAUCAGUGGAAUCAGAAUCGUGUAGUCUACGUGCGCGUGCCUUCGCUACUCGGGAACAGUGUCUCACCGAUUCCCCACCUGCUUUGCCUUUCUCUCUUCUUGUAUUACUUAUACUAGUGUAUGGCGACCCCGUGUAUAAAUUGUUAUUGUAUUUGUACUUAAUCCUGAGUAAUGAGUAAGUAGGGAAGAGAGUCCUUCAACACACCCAAUUGAGGUUUCUCGCGAACGUUAUUCGGCUUUUUGGUGCGCGGAAAAGUACGCUGAUCGCUGUGCUUGUAAAGUGUAAGAUGAAAGUCCCCUCAAAUAUAUUUGCGACAUGUGAUUCGUUUAAUAGAGCAAGCAGAAAUAAAGGCUUUCGAGGAAAAAACUGAUUUUAUACAUCGCGAUCGUCUAUGUAAGUCAGCAUAGGGAUCGCAAACUACACACGAGUGCGUGAUCGCAGGCAACGCAACUGCCUCGCCAGCGGGCUUCUGGUUUUCCGAGGCGGAGAUUCGGGAAUGUGUAUGUAGCGCACUGAAUAUAUAUCUUAUAAAUAUUACUCCCUAAAAUUCUUGGACGAUUGCAGCAAGUUACGUCUAUCAGUCUACUUGAAUGCGAAUCUUAUCAAUUCCAUCUUUAAAUGUUGUCAUCAAAAAUAUUAUGAUUACUCAACAAACCGAUAGAGCCACCCACGACGACGACAUGAUAUGGUGUGUGACGAUUAACAAGUCGCGAGAUUUCCAGGAGCGGAAUACUCUUAUGAUGCUUGACAUGUGAAAAAAUUCAGGAGUAAUUACAGGAUUCACGGGGGUACACUAUGCGCCGUGUUAGGUACGUAUGUCUCCUCGCGUACUCAUGUGUCUAGUACAACAAGUAAAAAUUGAUAGAUAAGACCACGUGCGGGUGCGCUGGUCAGGUUUGAUGUAAAGGUAAUAGUUAUAUUUGCAAAGAGCGAAGAUAUGCAAAUGCAUGACGAAGAUGAAGGUUUGGAUCCUCUCGCGAUAAAACAUAUUUUGAUCUUGGCAUAUUUUUGUGCAGCUUGCUUCUAUUUAGCUUUUCGCGAGGGUAACUAAUACUUCGGCGAUGAAGAACUUUUUUGUGGUCCAACUUCUAUUUGUCCACUUUUUCGGGUAAGGAUUCUACAUACAUGGUUUAGUGCAUUCCGAUUCCGACGCUCUUCUCAAUAUUUCGUUCGCAGAGUACUGCUAGAUUCCGAAUCCAACGCCCUGCCGCUGUCGCUGACUCAGCCGACAAUCACUCUCGUCGCCCCAUUUGGACUUCCUAUUGUCUUCUUCUGUGGUGCAUAAUGAUGUUUGAGAAAGACUACAAAAGUUGUAUCAAAGUUCACAGUCUCAUGUUUGCUGUGUACUCUGCUUAUUGACCCAGAUAGUGAUAUGGAAAGUAAACCGCCACAUGCAAUUUGUAAAGGGCAAAAAGUGUCGUUUCGACGCGUUGUUCACAUUUGUAUGUAAUCGCAACCUUAAGACUAAGAGCACCAUUGUAGAAAAAAAGCUCCUAACUUCGCAAAAAAAAUAGAGAGAGGUGAGGAGAACACUAAAUCCCAAUUAUCGCUGUGAUGAUCAACAUGCUGGUGUGCACUCACUCCGAAUCAUCAUGAAAUGGUCUCAAAUUUCAGGAC